AGUUGCGUCCCUUAUCUGUGCAAGGAUCCACUGAUGAUUUCAUUUUGAUAUUUCGUCUACCAGCAUUUCCUUCCGAUUGGUAAACGUAAAGUUUGCAGGCCAAUAACUGAAUUACUGUCCAAAGCGGCCACAAACCCAACUCACUCACUCACCAAUGCUGAAGAACACUAAAACUUACAAGCAGAACGAUGACGAAAUAUGAUGACUAGACCAUAAUUGCUUGAGUCAACAAAGUCGUUUUGUGUUUCAGAAUAUGAAGCUUGCUAUGAAAACAACAACCAGAUUGAUCCAGUUGUAGCCAAUUAUUCAACAAUGACCUUCACCUUGUGCCGACAACUCUGUUUGGGACAAUCUAAAGAAGUAGUAUUGCUGCAUGUCGCCAACUGUUACUGCGCAAGUGUUCAACAGCUAACAAACUUUACUCAAGUAACCUCCGACCCAGAGUGUCAGGUCCGCUGUCCAGGCCACACGGGUCAGAAUUGUGCUUCCGGGUCAAAACUGAGGGCAUAUCGAAUACGGCAUGAUGAUCUAGCCGAGAGCUGCAGCGUCCUCUACAACAGCGGAGUGCUGUACCGGGGACAAUACCUCUUGAACAACGCGAGCACGGAGGAGUUUCGGGAGUGUGGAUUUGAUAUUCACGACAUCAACUGUCCGACUGGCUGGAUCGCUCACAACCAAAGCUGUAUACAAAUAAGUCCCAGUGCCAAAUCUCAGGAUAGAGCCGCCGAGUUAUGCUUCCAGAACGGUGGGCAUCUGUUUACUCCGAGAUAUCCGGAUACCAUCCAGUUCAUUGCGAAUCUAAUAAACGCCGUCCCGGUUUGGGCGCAUUACUCAAAAUGGCGGACAGGAGCACGUGAGGUGAUGCUGGAGGGUCACGUGAUGCUAGCUGAUGGCACAUACAUGUGGUCGGAGGAGUUGGCAGCUGACACGUUCAAGGACGACGGCUGCAUCGUGGUCGACGUGGGCAAUUUAACUCUACAGAGGUACAACUGUAGUAUUGAGUUACCGUACAUCUGUGAAACAGCACCAGUUUCAGACACGUCUGGAUGUCAUGUGACAGGAUCAUCGCCUAGCAACAGUGUCACCUUACCUGAUCAGAUGUCAGUUUCACAAUGUAUGGAGUUCUGUAGGGGCCAGAAUGAAUCUUACUUUGCCCUUAACGGCAGCAUAUGCGAGUGUUACACCUCCUAUGACGUCAUCAGUUCGGGAGUAUGUGAUAUAGGGUGUCGGGUCCAGCCCUACCAGCAGUGCGGAUCCAAUCGAUCUGACGAAUCCUCUUUCUACAACAUUGCCAUCUACACCACCACCAUGUUGUCGUCCUGCACCCAGCUGCAGCAGUAUGGCGUCUCCAUGCCAGGCUGGUACCAACUGCAACACAACGUCGGAACAACACGUGUACAGUGUUUUGUCUAUGGGUCAGGCUAUGAGUCGAUACUAGGGUCAAGCAUUGGGAACAUGUCUGCCUCCAGCGAGACCCCGGGCUACCCUGCUGCACACGUCAGACUGGGCUCUGGCCUGGUGUCCCCGAGCAGCUGGAAACCCGCCGAUACCCCCUCGUGGCUGCAGGCGGAUUUGCCCGCCCACUACCUCAUCAAGUCGGUGCUCAUACAAGGGGGGCAGUCCCUCACGGAACAGGCCUGGGUGACCUCCUUCAGCCUCCAGCACAGUGUUGACAGCGGCGGCGAAUGGACGCAAUAUUCAAAUUCGCUGAGCGGAAACACGGACAGAUCAACAGUGACAAGCCAUUUCUUCCCAGACCCUUUCGUGUGUGACAGUGUCCGACUGGUUCCAGAGACCAGCGCCACUGCCGCUGCCCUGAGACUGGAGUUUCUUGGGGAGCUCUACCUGAACUUCAAUCAUUCGGAUCGCUAUAUUGGCUGUUUCCCGGACUCAGGGUUUGUGUCCCAGGGGACAGUGACAUCAGCAGACGACUGCCUUGCUCUGUGCACAUCGACAACCAAGUACCCAUUCAUGGCCCUAGCCGACGCUGGGGGGACGACGGAGUGCAUGUGCGGAACUUCUGUUGGUCAUUACGGUCAAGCCAUCAGCAGUCUUUGCAAUGAUACAUGUGUCCUCUUACCUGGUGGAUACAAGUGUGGUCGGACACUGGACAAUGUUCUUGCUGUCUACAGGACCUUCGAGAAAAGAUGCCAGGAAAUAUCAACUCCUGCCAACGCAACAUCGACGGUGACGAAGGUCUUCAACGUUGCAGGCGUCAUGACGUUCCAGACACAGAUCACCUACUCAUGCGUUACUGGUUUCGAGUUCCCAGACCUCUCAACGUCCAAGUCUGUUCUAUGCCUUCAGUCCAACCUGUGGAAUGACUUGGUUCCAGAUUGCCAAGUGAAACACUGCCCAGCACUUGCGGACGCCCUCAGAGCAACACGCGACAGCAACGACACCAUGUACGGCUCAGUCAUCACCUACACCUGCGAUCCUGGUUAUGUCAACAGUGGCGGCUUGACGACCCAGACUACGAUAUGCAGCGACUCCAAGACGUGGAGCGUCACCCCGGAUCACUGUACACCCCGUCAGUGUGACGCUGUGCCUGUCUUGGAGAAUGCCGAGGUACUGGAGAACGUCGCCAGCGUUGUCUACGGCGACGUCAUCACCUACAAGUGCCGACCCAGCUCCAUGUUCUCCGACAACACCACUGUGAAGACGGCUGGGUGUGAUCAUGAUGGACAUUGGUCAGAAUCUGCUGCUGGCUGUCAAUACUACCAGUGUCCCGGAGCCCCAUACCUCCCGGGGGCGGAAUCCCAGUACCUCGACCCUUUCAUGGUGCGCUACACCUGUAAGUCUGGCUUCUCCUUUGACGACGGAUCAUCAGAAGUCAACUGCACGUGUGGCCCCGAUAACACAUGGUCUGACGUCACUGUGACGUGUGUGUUCUCAGCAUCGACUCUGAAGCGUGAGUCCAGCGUGUGUCUCAGCAGGAAGGACCACAGGAUUGUGGGAGAAGUGGUGCACACGUCGUCACGGAGCAGUCUGGGGUGCGGCGUCAUGUGCCUUCAGAACCCGGCCUGUCGCUUCUACAACUACCACAACAACCAGUCGGUCACCGAUAACUGUCAGUUGUACGUUGACACGACAGCGUCAUCGAUCUUUGAACCUAACGCUGGGUGGAACACUUACAACCUCAGGGACACGUGCUAGAUCCCACAGGACGUGUCCAGCAAGGAUGGGGUGUCGGCCAAGGCGGGUGUACACCAUCACAGACAAUACACAAAGGAAGACCUCGACCAAACUUCAGGAAACUCUCGGGGUCACCCAUAGACAGAUUUACUUAGAAACAAUUAUUGACAGUUGCCUUUAAGCAAUGCUGGCAUUUGGCAAAUUUUAUGCUGGUUGUUGGUUAUUGUUUUUGUCAACAAUGCAAAAAUUCAACAGCUAGCAGAUGUCGUUUAUGCAGUUGCGUUAAUACUGCUAAUCACUUAAAAACACCUAGCUGCACGUGCGUUAGUCCAGGUGUGCAGUGAUGGGUAUUCAGGUAACAUAUCGUAUCGGAUUCCGUCCCCAGUGUCAAAAUGAGCCUCUCAGAUGUACGUUGUUAAUAUGCAGGAUAUUUUCAGCGACAACUCUAACCGUUUUCUCACUGACGAUGUCUGGCGCUGGCGUUCAUGCGUGCUUUUCAGACAAAAUAGAUGCAGUCGUCUUCAUCUCUCAGUAAAGAUGUAUACUACGAGAGCGGUUUGCUGAGUACGGCGUUUGACAAUAUGCUGUGACUGUCAGUGACGAUACACAUUCCUGGUGAUUUACAUUUACAACAUAUACUGCCAGAUUAAAUACUGGUCGAACAAGAUGAUAAACAGCUGUGGUUCUUCCAGUGCGUCCGUACACGCAGACAUGAUGGAGAACACAAUUGUGGUCAUACACUGCUCUUGAAAUAGCGUUUUCUGUGAAGUCAGUCAGACAGACAGGCACAACAGUCAGACAGACGGGCGCGACAGUCAGACAGACGGGCGCGACAGACAUAACACCUGCAUUAAGCUGGACAUGGUAUCAUCAGAUUGCAUGUUGUAGUAGUUGGUGUCCUCAGACCUCAAAUGUAGGUGUCAUUGUUAUUUCUUAUACAUGUUGAUAAAUACGAAAUCUCAGUGGGACUGUUCCGUUUUUUAUUGUCAUAUUAAGAUUGCUUGGCAACAUGGAAUAUUUUGACAACGAUUGCAUUUGGAGACGAUAUCUUGUGACAAUAAGUCAUUACAGAUGCACAGCUUGUAUUAAUAUCCCUUAUCAUAAAAUAUUUAUACGGUUAUGUCACUGUGACCUAAAGUCGUCUGUACUGCCACAACUAAGCCAUGAUGAACUACUUUGAACUGCGCAUGAAGUCGUUGUGGCUAGUAUGUAUCUACGGGUUAUCAGUGUUUGACAGUACCCCUUCGUAUCUCACCAUAAGGUCCAGGUUGCAUAUUCAGGUUUAAUAACUUCUUCGCAGAUUUAUCUUCGCAGACUUCAUGUCCUGAUGUACUGUGAGAGAUGGCAU